AUGCCAGGUCCUCCGCUCCUUUCGCUGGCAAUUGUGGUCGCAAUCGCCAAGGCAAAUGUGGUCAGAAUCGCUCAUCUUCAGCCGAACGACCCAACCAUCAUUCACGAGCCGAACGUGCUCAAAAUGUGCUCACAAGACUUGAAGGAGAGGAACAUUCUGCCCAGUGAGAUCAACUUUCAGUAAGUUAUUUUACAGUUUUUAGUAAUACAUUUCAUUUUCAUUAAUUGCUAUAGUAAAUCUAACAGGAAAGGCGCCAAACAAUGAUAAGCAAAAAGCACUUGGUGAAACGAGACUAUUCUACAAACUUUUUGACCUAGCUAUUAUCAUUGAAACAUAAGCAUACUUUUCUUAUCUUAAUGCUGUCUCAGUAAGCCGUAACUUACGGCAUAACUUCAUUUUAUUACUUAUAAAACAAACCAACUACCAGAGCCACUCCACUAACCCUACUGUAACAUAUACCCCAACCAUUAUCCCCGAAACUGAUCUUUGUCUGUUUUUUUAAAAUUUUUAACCUUUUACUGGCUUAUCCCCUAUUACUGUACCCUCACAAAACUACUCCAGUAGUAAAAGAAAAGAUAAAGGAUUAAGAUCGUACAACAGGAAAUCACAAGAUAAAACUUACAGUAACCCUUUCAGAGUGUUCACCAUGGAGUCAUGUAAUCGCUAUUCGGGAGUCGAGAAUGCCGCAUACUUGCACUAUCUUCGAAAUGCCAGCAUCUACUUUGGGCCUGGCUGUAAUAACGGUAAGAUAAGGCAUGGAUAAUAUGAGUUAUAUUACACUAGAGAAAAGAUAAAACUAGAUAAAGGCGUAAAAACAUAUGUAAAACAAACUUCAGCAUUCCUACGACUAAACAUAGCACCAUAAAAAUUGAACUUACCACAGAAAGUGCACAAAAACAUUUAUAAUUCUAGAAAUGCUGGUAAUCGGACGACUUGUCUCAAGAUGGAACGUUCCUAUUAUAGCCCAUUUGUCUGGUGAUGAUGCUCUCUCUGAUCGUACUGUGUUCGACACACUUGGCUCAGUAGCCUUGACUUCAGCCACAGAAAUGGCCAGAGCUACAUUAACAUACCUAAAGUUAUAUGGAUGGAAACAAGUCGGUCUGAUCAAAGCUAGUGUCAACUUUGACAGACUGAGUUUACAUUCGUUGAAGAAUCUUUUAAAAGAUCAUGAUAUCGAUGUGAACAUCGAGAUUGAAUUGGAUCCAUUCAUGACUCCAGAUGAAAUCAUUGCUACUGGCAAACUGAAGCAGCUCAGGAACAAGGCUAGAGGUAAAAUAAUAUAAAUUGAAAGGUUUUCUUGUUUAAAACACACCUAAAAACAACUCAAAAAUUUAAAACAGAUACAUACAACAUGUUUUUAGUUAUCAUUGUCGAAAUGGGCAUGGAUCUUCACACAAGUCGAUCAGUUAUGGUCGCUGCUCAUCGAUCUGGAAUGAAGACAACAGAUUAUGUCUAUAUUAUCCCUUGGUUGGCUCAUGUAAGUUUAUAUAAAACUUUUCCGAUCACAAUUAUGUUUGUUGUCUAUAGAUCCUAAACAAAAAAACCUUAUCUUUUAGGUGACAGAUUUUUUAGAAAAUUUGACAUUUUUCUAGACAAAUCUUGGACAGAUUUUUGUCUUCGGCUGAAAAAAACAAAAAAUAAUAAUUUUUGGCCAAUUUAUUGAAAGAAUAUCAAAGUAAUUAUAUAAAUUUACAGUUACACGACCAUUACCCAUGGGAAGCCAGCAAUAUCGACAAGAAUGAGGUCCGGGUGGCCUUCGAAGACGCCAUCGUGAUCACGGCUCAUGGUUACGACAAGAAAUUCGUCGAAGAGUUCGAAGUUCGGUUCUCCAAAGUUACAGGAAUUAUCAGUAGUUAUGUAAGAGGUUUUUACUAACUGUUUUUGAGAAUACUUUUCAGAUAUUAACUAUAAAACAGGUUAUAUUGUACAUAAGAAAAAUAUUGUUGAUCUCGGGAUUUUUAGCCUAAUUUUUUUCGUCUCACAGGGAAAGUGUCAAAAGGUGUACCUAACGCCCAGACAUGUGAUAUAGCUCAGAAAAAUUCUGUGAUCGUCCUGAUUAAGAAGACACUUUCCUUGUCAUAAAUAGAAAAAAUAAAGUUUAUGAAGUAUUAGAAAAUGGUUUUUAGCAAAUUUAAUUCAUGUUUUAGUACGCCACAUUGUCUUACGCUGCUUUGUACGAUGCUCUGUUCUUGUACGGUCUGGCUCUGCGCGAUGCCUACGAUGAGACCCGAAACGCUUCCAUCUACAUGAAUGGAGCUUUGGUUUGGCGGAAAAUGUGUGGAAGACAGUUCAUUGGAAGUACUGGCCAAGUACUAAUGAACAACAAGGCUGUUCGAGUACCAAGUUACGCGACAUACUAUGUAAAGAAUGGUUCAGUACGAAUUGUGGUUGAAUUGACAGCACGAUUAAGCGAGAAGUCAAAAUGUCAGGCUUCUGAAAACGACUGUUCUGAACACGUAGCUCAUGAAGUUAUGCCACAUUACUGGGGAUCGUACGAUGGCUCCAUGCCUGCAGACAUGCCAAAGUGUGGAUUUGAUGGAAGCUUAUGUGAUUACACGAUUGUGUUUGUUGUUUGCGGCUUCUUAGGAUUCUUGGCUAUUGCGAUUCCAUUGGGUUACUUUAUCUACAAGAAGGAGAAGGAAAGACUACUUUAUGAUAUGACGUGGAGAAUACCUAGAGAACAAGUUCGAUUGUUGGAGGGAAAUGCUGGUGGAGUAAGUUUUGUAACUAAACGUUAACUUUUUGUUUUCUACAAAGUCAAUGCAUUUUAUUUUUAAAAAAUUUUUUAGCGUUCGGAAUCUUCGAUUGGAAGGUCGACAAUUGGUGGAUCUUCAGCUGGAGGAAGUAUUGGGUCAAGGAUCAAUAACAGACUGAGUGCCAAGCAAGCUAUUGCCAAUGGUGUACGAUGUGCUUACAAAAGAUAUCAACAGACUAGGAACAUCAGUUUUCCUAAGGCUGAUCUGUCCAGGUUGAAGGAGGUAGGUUUUACAACUUUAAGACAAGUAUACUGAUGUUUUAUCACUUAAAAACCAGAAAAUUGAUGUAAUAUUUUAUGUGAUUUUUACAUUUUUAGCUAAAACUUGUUGAGAACGACAACUUGAACAAGUUCUACGGAAUGUGCUUUAACCAGCAGAACGAAGUCGUCGUACUGUGGUUGCUAUGUCAACGUGGGAGCUUGGAGGUAAGAGCUAAUCUUGUAAAUCAACCUCUAGAUUAGUUAUCUUCUUUGGAAAGUGUUCAAAAUAGUGUAAAAUAACAUUAAAGUUGAAGCAACAUACAUAAAUGACUACAGUAUUGUACUUCAGGACGUCCUAUUCAAUGAAGAACUCAAAAUCAGCAGAAACUUUCAAAUUUCUUUUGCCAAAGAUGUUGUUAAAGGGCUCCACUUUCUUCAUCAAUCAGUCCUAAAGUACCAUGGUAUGUUGUGUCUACAGAAUUGUCUGGUGGAUUCCAAUUGGACUGUCAAGUUGACAAACUUUGUGACAGAAGAAGUGAUUGGUGACAAGUUGAGACACAACGAACUCAAGCUGAUGGUGAUGAAGAUCAAGAAGCCGAAGAAGACAAAGGGCGGAAAAGAAAAGGCAAAUGGAAAAGAAAAGGACACAGAAUCGUCAUCAUCUUCUGAAGAAGACACUGAGUCCAAGGCCAUGCAUCAGAAGGCCAUGAGCAAGAGUAAGUUAAUAUAAAUGAUUGAAGUAGUAUAAUCUCUAAAAAUUGAGUUAUUUUCUUAAAAAAUUUAAACAUAAUUUUGUCAUAACACGAAAAUCAAGUAAAAUUCAAGAAGGAACAUUACUUUUUGAUAAUUAUAUUUGAUAAUAUUGUCAUGACUAAUAUUGUGAUUUUAGAAUACAUUCAACAAGCUCCAGAAGUCAUCCGUGAGAUAAUAACAACAAAAUUCAUUCCUCCAGGCACUCCACCAGCUGAUAUGUACAGUUUGGGUAUGGUACUGUACCAAAUUUUGUUCAAGAUGGAACCGUUCCAUGAAAGAAGUCAAUCUUCUAAUAGUAAGUGACUAAUCACUGUUUUAUGACUUUACCUAUUUUUUUAGGUUUUGCAGAAAUUUCCUGUCGUAACCUAAAUCAACUUAAAUUUUGUUUUUAGAGAUCAUGGAGAUGAUUGCCAUGGCCAACGAUGACGAUCGUAUCAUCAGGCCAACGUUCCCGAAUCAGCAGAAUCUUCCACCAGAGGAAACUUACAACCUCCAACUGUUAUCAGCUAUCGAAGCUUGUUGGUUGGAGAUUCCUGAGAUGAGGCCUACCAUCAAGAGGAUGAAGACCAUGGUUAACAGUAAUCUAAAGAGCACAUCAAGUGGUACACUGGUCGACCAGAUGAUGAAAAUGAUGGAGGAUGUACGUUAAUGUUAAUGAUUUCUAAAUUGAAGUUUAAUAAUAUUUUUAAGGUUAACACGACUUUAAAAGUGAAAUUUUUAAUGAAAAUUAAAACCUCGUAUUUUACAGUAUACUACAAACUUGGAACAGCUGGUAAAAGACAGAACAAUUAUGUUAGAAGAUGCUCAACUGCAAGCAGACAGGUUGUUGAAGAACAUGUUGCCACCGUAUGUUUUUAAGUCUGAUAUUUACUCACCAUAGAUAUAAUAUAAUUUAAAAAAUGUGUUUUUUAGGAAAAAAAUAUUAAUAUCUUGGGCGCAGCUUGCGUAAAUAUAAGUUGCAGAAACUUUAUACGACCAAAAGUUUCCUGAUCCAAAAUAUUGUUUUAGAUCGAUAGCCGAAGAUCUGAAAGUAGGAAAGCCAGUGAUUCCUCAGCUGUAUCAGAACUCUACCGUGUUGUUCUCUGACAUCAGAGGAUUCACCAGAAUCUCGUCGACGUCGACGCCACUUCAGAUUGUUACAUUCUUGAAUGACAUGUUCUCCGGCUUCGAUGCCAUCAUUGCUAAACAUGAUGCCUACAAGGUCGAGACUGUGAGUUAUUUUAAAAAGUUUUAUUUGGUUUCUUACUUUUUUUGUCUAUAACUAUUCUUUGACUUAUAUUGUUGUAGAUUGGAGAUGCCUACAUGAUUGUGUCUGGGGUACCAAAAGAGAACGGCAAUGCGCACGUUAUGCACAUUGCCGAGAUUGCUUUGAAGAUGAGAACGGUAAGUUGUUUUUUAGUUAUUUUUACUGUUAUAACUCAUUUGUUCACUUAUAAAUCUGUAUUUUCUUAUCUUAGGUUUUGAUAUUGUUUUAGUUCGUGUCUAACUUCAAAUUGGCUCACAAGCCGGAAGAGUUAAUGAUGGUGAGAAUCGGAUUUCACAGUGGAUCUGUAGCCGCUGGAGUAGUUGGAUUGGCAGCGCCACGGUACUGUCUGUUCGGUGAUACUGUAAACAUGGCUAGUCGAAUGGAGUCUACCGGCAUGGCUAACAAGAUUCAGGUUUGUUUUUUUUUGUUUUAUGGUGUAGAGUAAGAUAAAUUGCGUAACCUACGGUAGCCGAUUGUCGAAAAAGUAUAAGAAACUAAUAAAGAUACGGGCAGGGACGUCGUUUGGGGGGGGUGAUUCGGGGUGACUCCCCCCCAGAGCCAAUCCGAAAAAAAAAUCCACAGGUAGGUCUCCACUCCCUGUGGGUUUAAUUGCAUGCGAAAUAUUUAUACGAAUUUGUAACGCUAUUUGUAUUGGCAUGGUAACACUUAUUGUUUUCAGAUCAGUGAAGCUGCGUGUAAUUUGAUUCGCUGCUUCUACCAGUACUUUAUACUGACGGAGCGAGGGAAAGUGGAGAUAAAAGUAGGUUAUUCGAAUAUUAAAAUGUAUAUGUUGAGGUUAUUGACCUUGCCAUUUUAUUACUAUGACUUAUUAGAGUAAUAUAGAGCUAGAAAUGAUUUGAGCUAAUGUCAAAGGCUUAUCAUUUUAAGUUCAGAAAAACCAUUUCAUGUAAUUUUAAUGUUAAUAUAACAUCAACUGGUCGAUUUUUUGACGUAUUCAAUGUUUUUUUAUGACAAACAUGGUUUAUUGAAGUAAUAUAGGGUUGAAGUACCUAUAGGAAGAAAUUUAUUGGAGUAAUUUCAGGGCAAAGGCGAGUGCACUACCUACUUCCUCGAGGGCAAAGAGAUGCACGGCCGCAAAAAAUGA